AUGAUUCAGGCCUCAGAUAGUCUGGCAUUGCUUGCCGCCUAUCUGUUCCUUGGUGGCCUCUUGUACGCCUGGGCGCUGGGCGCCACAGCCAAUGCUUGGGGCCCCCUGGACGCCAUCUACUUCGCCUUCACAAGCAUCGCUACCAUCGGGUUCGGUGAUAUUGUGCCCAUGGAGGCAGAAUUCUUGGCAAUUGCCUCCAUUGUCUAUUUGGCGAUUGGGCUGGCGCUGUGUGGUCUUAUCAUGACACGCCUCUCAGAGGCCGUUGACGAACGCCUGGCCAGCUGGGCCGGCAUUCAACCAGCCAUGGUUGCGGAAAAUGGACCUAUGCAAAUGGGUCACAGUGCCGGUUACUAUACACCUGACCAAUCACGUGUCAAGCGGGCUUGA